AUGGGGUCAAACAGUCUUGGAAAGGCUGCAACAUUAGAUGAGCUUUUGAACACUUGUAUUGAAAUGUUUGAUGACAAAGGAAACCCAUGCUCCAGCCAUUUGCCAAGAACCUUUCUUUUAAUGCAUCGGUGGUAUCUGCCUUCCACAGAGCUGGCUGGCAAGCUUCUGUCCACUUAUAGAGACGCCGAAGGGGAGAACUGCAAUGAAUUCAGAUUGAAAAUCUGCUACUUCAUGAGAUACUGGAUUUUGGAAUUUCCUGCAGAGUUCAACUUAGAUCUGGGGCUGAUUCGUUUGACUGAAGAGUUUCAAGAAGUAGCCAGCCAGCUGGGAUAUGAGGAUCACAUCCAUCUUAUUGAUAUCUCCAGCAUUCCUUCCUAUGACUGGAUGAGAAGAGUUACACAGAGGAAGAAGAUUUCCAAGAAAGGAAAAGCCUGCCUGCUGUUUGACCAUCUGGAGCCCAUUGAGCUAGCUGAACAUCUCACUUUUCUGGAGCAUAAAUCUUUUAGGAGAAUUUCUUUCACAGACUACCAAAGUUAUGUGAUCCAUGGCUGCUUGGAGAACAAUCCUACUUUGGAGAGAUCUAUUGCUUUAUUUAAUGGUAUCUCUAAAUGGGUCCAGCUCAUGGUUCUCAGCAAGCCAACACCCCAGCAAAGAGCAGAAGUAAUCACAAAGUUUAUCAAUGUCGCACAGAAGCUCCUUCACCUCCAGAACUUCAACACACUGAUGGCAGUUGUGGGAGGUCUAAGCCACAGCUCCAUUUCUCGCCUGAAAGAGACUCAUUCUCAUCUGUCCUCAGAAGUCACAAAGGACUGGAACGAAAUGACUGAGCUGGUCUCUUCCAAUGGAAACUACUGCAACUACCGCAAGGCUUUUGCUGACUGUGUUGGCUUCAAAAUUCCUAUUUUAGGAGUCCAUUUGAAAGACUUGAUUGCUGUCCAUGUCAUUUUUCCUGAUUGGAUAGAUGAGAACAAAGUAAACAUAGUGAAAAUGCAGCAGCUUUCCAUCACCUUGAGUGAACUGGUUUCCCUGCAAACUGCGUCUCAUCAUUUAGAGCCUAAUUUGGAUUUAAUUAACCUGCUAACUCUGUCCCUGGACCUCUACCACACUGAGGAUGACAUUUACAAGCUCUCGCUGGUGCUGGAGCCAAGGAACUCCAAAUCUCAGCCUACCUCCCCAACCACCCCCAACAAGCCAGUAGUGCCACUGGAGUGGGCAUCUGGAGUGGUACCUAAACCUGACCCUACAGUCAUCAACAAGCACAUCCGGAAGCUGGUGGAUUCUGUCUUUAGGAACUACGAUCAUGACCACGAUGGUUAUAUAUCUCAGGAAGACUUUGAAAGUAUAACUGCCAACUUCCCCUUCUUGGACUCUUUCUGUGUGCUGGACAAAGACCAAGAUGGUCUCAUAAGCAAAGAAGAAAUGAUGGCUUACUUUCUGAGAGCUAAAUCACAGUUUCAGUGUAAAAUGGGACCAGGGUUUAUUCAUAACUUUCAGGAAAUGACCUAUCUUAAGCCAACUUUCUGCGAGCACUGUGCAGGAUUUCUCUGGGGUAUAAUCAAACAAGGCUACAAAUGCAAAGAUUGUGGUGCCAACUGUCACAAGCAAUGCAGAGACCUGCUUGUGCUGGCAUGCAGGAAAUUUUCCAGAGGAACUUCAGUAGGCAGCAACCACGGGUCUCUGCCUAGCAGUCCAUCUCUGCCUCCAGUCCAAGAUGAAGUAUUUGAAUUUCCCAGUGUUGCUGCAGAACAUCAGGACCUUGAUGGCAGAGCUAUCACCCUUGUCACUGGCUCUUCAAGGAAAAUUUCCGUGCGGCUGCAGCGGGUGACCACCAGCCAAGCAACGCAGACAGAACCACUCUGGCACGAGCCAGGCUGGAAUGAUUCAGGUUCUCAUACUUUCCCCAAAAUGAAAUCCAAAUUCCACGGAAAAACUGGGAAGAACAAAGGCUUUGCAAAGUGGGAGAAUGAAAAAUCCAGCAUGCAGGCUGACCUAGAGCUAGAAGCCGAGGCCCCACAAGAUAUACAGGAUCACAGUGGAAUAGAAACCCUCCCAGAAAGACAGGAAUCUGAGGAUAGCUGA